AUGCAUUGUGCAGGAACAUUCCUAAUCACAAGCGACGCCAAGCUCCCAAACAGCCUGCUCAAGGAGGAGGGACACUUCCAGAAGAAGCAGGUGAAGAAGGGAAGCGGAAAGAAGUCGAUCGCGGCGGCGGGUGUCAACGUCGUGUCGCGGGAGUGCGUCGACGAGAUGAUUGCGCUGCUGAGGAGUGCCUCGUUGGAGAGCGAGUCGACGGGAUGCUGUGGAGCAAGUUCGGCAUUCGCUGUGAUCGCCUCCGGUCUGAAGGACGGGCGCCCGGAUGUCAAGAACAUUCGAGAUUUCUUCGACUGCGGUCGUCCCCGCCCGCGGGCCAUCAAAGCCCUGAUCGGCGGCGGCGACACGCUCGCGAAGUUGUGGAAGCUGCCCCGGGAAUCACGCCACGGCAUCUCGACGGAGGAGCGCGAGGAUCUCGUGCACGACCUGGCCGAGGCCGCGCUGCGCACCUUUUACACCGAGUCCAAUCUGAGCUUCGUGGAGACGCACUGGGGAGACAUCCAGCCGAUCCUCCGCGAUCGACGACACUCGGACGACGUGGAGACCAACCGACGACUCGAAAUGCUUACACACCGCUCCUCUCCCGAUCUGUUCGUGGCCGACUACUCGAAUGAUGAUAUCACACAUACGUUGAUUCCUCACACUUCAUCGACCCGAAAGAGGCUGCUACUAGAGUACAAGGACCUCGACGCCGCCUCCCGCCUCUCCGUCUGGAACAACUUCCUCACCUCCCACAACGCCGCCCAGGCCGCCGCCCGCCUCUCCCCUCCUCCCAAGGCUCCCACCACCGCCGCCAAGUCCUACGGCUCCGCCCGUGCUCUCAACAAAUGCCGCACCAACUCCGCCACCCCCUCCGCCGCCAACGGCACCACCAUCUCCGCGGAGGCGGCGUCUAAGGCGACCAGAGCCGGCCUUAUGAGCUCCAAAACUUCCUUCAUCUUCUUCCACUCGACCUCCGGCAAAGCCGUUCUCGUAUCGAAAAGUCCUUCCACGAUGUGCUACUCCGGACUCCUCGGACCGGAACGGCUGGGGGCGUAUCGGUGCCGUCGGUAG